GCCGCCGUGGUGGGGACGAGCGUUCGGUCUGGUCGGUCUCUUGGCUGUUAAUGAGGCUCGCAGGCUCGCAGGCUCGCCCCAGCCCUGGGCACCGCACGCCGUGGAGACGUGGCUUGUUGUCCUCUCGGGCUCGCCGUGACGGGCGGUCCCGAGCCGAGCAGACGCCUCCGCCGCCAGCGGGGAUCGCGGAGUUUAUAGAUGCGAGCUAGAUCUGGGCGGACCCCGGCUUUGGGAAGGGAGAGCCGAGGAACGAAUGUGAGCGCUGGGUGCCCGGCCGGUCCCACCGGGAGUCGGAUUCGCGUCGGUCCGGCUGUGGGGUGGUUUCAGGUAUGAGGUGCUGGAGCGGGAGCCGGGCCACCUCAAGGCCUUGUACCGAAGGGGCGUGGCCCAGGCCGCCCUCGGGAACCUGGAGAAAGCGACGGCUGACCUCAAGAAAGUGCUAGCGGCCGACCCCCAAAACCGCGCCGCGCAAGAGCAGCUGGGCAGGGUGGUCACCGAGGGCAAGAAACAGGACGCUGGGCUAGCGCGGGGUCUGCGCAAGAUGUUCUGUUGAUUAAAAAGAGUCAAGUUGCUAAAACUAA